GCGAGGGGCGGGCCUCCUCACUCCUAGGCUCUUAUUGUCCUUAACAUUGGCCAGACUUGUCGUCACUCACGGAACCUCGAGCUCAUUGGUACAAAAGCUCCAAGAGGCGGUGGGUGAUAGGUUGGUUACUGUUCCCGCCCCAAGCCUGUCGCCAUUUUGCACAGGGGAUCCGAAAUCCUAAAGGCAGCGGUAUUGGUACCCCUACAGUUUGGUGACAGGUAACAGAGUUCAAUUACAAUGGGGAACGUUUUUGAAAAACUGUUUAAAAGUCUAUUUGGGAAAAAAGAGAUGCGGAUUCUUAUGGUGGGUUUGGAUGCUGCUGGAAAAACCACCAUCUUGUACAAAUUGAAGCUGGGAGAGAUUGUGACUACCAUCCCUACAAUAGGUUUCAAUGUGGAGACGGUAGAAUAUAAAAACAUCAGCUUCACAGUUUGGGAUGUUGGUGGCCAGGACAAAAUCCGACCUUUGUGGCGACAUUAUUUCCAGAACACACAAGGUCUGAUAUUUGUGGUCGACAGUAAUGACAGAGAGCGGGUCAAUGAGGCCCGAGAAGAACUAACCAGAAUGUUAGCCGAAGAUGAGCUCAGAGAUGCAGUUUUAUUGGUGUUUGUGAAUAAACAGGAUCUUCCCAAUGCUAUGAAUGCAGCAGAGAUAACAGACAAGCUUGGCUUACAUUCCCUCCGCCAGAGAAACUGGUACAUUCAGGCUACUUGUGCCACCAGCGGAGACGGGCUCUACGAAGGCCUGGACUGGCUCUCCAACCAGCUCAAAAACCAGAAGUGAUGGGCAGCGCUCCACUCCCUGUGCAUCAUGGCAAAAUCUGCCGGCCUCUUCUGUGUGCAUGUGUGCGUGUGAGGAGCCAAGUGUGGGUGUGUGGCUGGGCAUGGGAGCAGCUUUCUCACAUGGUGCCUUAUACGUGCCAGCAGAAAACCAGUCUUACAUGUUACAAAACUCCAGUGUUACAUUUUAAGUGCUACCUUCCACUUCAACUGCUGUGAUGACCAGUUUUGCAAUGGAUGGAGGCAUCCAGAGGGCUUACUGGUGCACCAUAGCCACAGUGCUUUGUGGUGGGGAGGAGGGGGAGGGUUGGCCGCGGACCGAUUUCAUUCGUUUGGUCCCGGAUCUGGUGUCUCUGCAUACCUGGGGUCCUGCUAGACUUGGGUGUCCGUGUGUGCCAGAGCUAGCAUCUCACUUUUCAGUACUUUAAAGUGAAUGAUCCCCAAGAAAAAAAAAGGCACUUGCUUACUGCAGUUUUCAGUUCAGAUUUAAACUUCUCCCUUAAGUUAUAUUCCAGCCCAGACUUCCUGGUUUAAUGUGCUUCGUUGAAAGGAAUCAGUGGUCUUUGUUCAUUAGAGUAUCCAGACCCUGUAACACUAGAAAAUUACCUAGUCCUUCCCUGAUUUGCCUCUUAUUUGCCAAAUGGAGACCCUAUGGGGUAGUAACCCGGCACGCGGCUAAGGCUCUUUACUGGGGCCGUGCGGUCGCAUGGAGGGUCCGGUGAAGGAAGUGAGGCGCGGGUCGGGUUUGUGUCCCUGGACCACAGUCUCGGGCUGCCGGCUCCUAAGACUGCUGCUCCCACUUCUCUGCUGGGUGCUGAAUGUUCUCUGCUCGAAACAGGAGGUUCACUCCUGGGAUGGAAUCGUUACCGUGUACAGUGUCUUCGUUCAACUUUUGGUUUGAGUUAGCUGCUGUCCCCAGAACCACACGCCUUUGAGUUCUGAGAGUUUGUGAGAGAAUCAAGAGGUUAAUUUGGGGGAUGAAACUCCCGGCAGCCCCUGGUAUUGUCCCCGAGUUGGUUGGUGCUAAAUUUUGCUCUGAAAGUUGUCUUGUCCAGACCACUCUCUAUGGCACUGACUCCCUCUUCUGGUUGGCAAUAAUGUCCUAUGUGGAAACAUGCUUUAUGCUGUCCUCAAAAUAGUAGUAAAAAUGGCCUGGAAAUGAGCUCGGCUCAAGACUUAAUAUUCUAGAGCUCUUUAGCCCAGACAGCUAUUGGCCAAAUUUGUACCUAAGCUUUCCACUACUACCUUUUAAAAUCCCUUUUUCAAAAACCCUUCAUUCAGAUUACAGACAAGGGGAAUGUAAUGUGAAUUUUAACAAAAGUAAACCUUGUUAUUGAAGACAAUGAAGUUGCUAUCACUAGGAAGAAAUUUCAUGCCAUGGUAAGUGUGGGGUGUAAUGUUUUUCUUUCAGAUGUUGACUUCAAAGAAUGUUCAUUGCAGUACUGGCAACGAAGUCCAGAUUUGAUUUUUAACCAUGGAGUUAAGUCCUGAGAAAUAUUUAGAUUGUACGCCUGAAAUUGGCAGGGACUAUGUCUUAUACUUUUGUAUUUAUGCUUAAUACCGUGUACCUAGUACAGUGCUAGGUCUCAUUAAACUCUUGUUGAUUUGUUGAACAAUAAAGAACUUGCUUUGGAAGGAG